AUGGUUGAUUCCUUACUCGGAUGCAAUGGCCGCCUAACCAAGGGUGUGACAUCGCUACAAAACAAUGGUGUGUAUGGUCAUCUCUCUUGGGCAUGUGAUGAUACUGCUACCGACGGAUCGGUGACUCGCACCAUAAUGGUUUGGCACAUUGCUACAACCCUGUGCGAGCAGCUAGAUCCCCUAGCUAAAGAAUACGACACUGUGGCCUCCACCAUAUCGCGGUACUGCUUGCAUCUUCUUGUUUUCACACCUAACCUGUUGCCCGACCACAGCUCCGUAUCAGAUUCCAUACUUGAUCAGUCGAUCGAUGAAGCAAGCAUGUUCCUCAAAGGGAAAGGGACCAAGAAGAUGCUGGACAGGUGUAAGUUACUAAUGGAAAUUACAGCCCAUAAUGGUGGUGGUGGUGAAGCACGGCUCGUUGCGCAGGGAGCUCGGCUUGCAAGGCACCUGAUUGAAGACAUAAAGGAACCAGCGCGGCGGUGGAAGGUCCUCGCUGAUUUCUGGGCAGAGAUGAUGCUAUAUGUCUCUCCGUCCAAUGAUGCCAGGGCGCACCUGGGAGCUGUUGCGAGAGGAGGGGAGUUCAUUACCCACCUUUGGUCGCUGCUCACACACGCUGGUAUGCUGAAGCAAGGCCCUACAUGGGCAGAGGAUAUUGUCUGA